UACGAGUACAAAAGACAGCUAUACUUUUACCGGAAAUUUAUAUCAACAAUUUAGAUAAGUUCGCGCAAUCUCUCUCACGUGAAAUAACGUCGAUUCAACUGUGAUUAAAUCAAUCCCAUUAUACCGGUCUUUGAAAUGUGUAUAUUUUAGCUAAAAUCGGACAGUGUUGUUCAUUGUGAAUUCAAUACCAUUAAUAUUCCGUAGUCUCCCAUACGAAUAAGAAUACUCAAAUACUUUUAAUUCCGUCUUGUAGCCGUUUCCAAUGUGACGAUGAUCACGAUAGUUUCGGCUGCCUCCAAAUUACAGCUCGCUUUGCGUAACUUCCCGCGAGUCGAAAGGAUAUACACGAUAGUGUGAGGGAGAACUAGAGUAAUAGAAAGAGCGAAAUAGACACGAAGAGUGAUUCAUCCUAUGCGCGAAGAAAUGGUCGAUAUUCGUACUGAUUUCGUGAUAUUUAGUCACACCUGUUCCAGCCGUUCUAUUACCUACCUGCAGUCUCGAGCGAAAUCGACGGCACAAAGUCGACCCGAAAAAUUGAAAAAACUAAUCGUCAGAAUAGUGAAAGUAAACGAAAACAAAACCCUUUCGGCAGCAUCCGCUGGUGUAUAACGAUGGCGAUGACCCUUGUAAAAUCCAUAAAGAAGAGAAAUGACGGACGUCCUGCAGCGGCCAUAAAUCGUCAGGGUAGCAUACAAGCCGCAAUCAACAGCUCUGCGAUACCCAAGGCGCCAAAAUAUGAGAAUAGCUACCGUCUAGAAUCGAACAAACCUUUCAACGUUGACCCUGUGGAUAAAAUCAUCAGGCAAGUCAUGACCAACAACCUUGAAGACAUCGUAUACGAUCCCAAAGAGUGCCCGAAACUGUGUGCGGAAAUUAGCGCCGACAUCCGAGAUCGGAUUCGGAAACAAAACUUCGACAGGUACAAAAUCGUCGUUAUAGUGACGAUCAACGAAAAGGCCAGUCAAGGAAUACAGGCGUCGAUGAGAUUCCUCUGGGACGUGCAGAGGGAUAAUUACUCGAGCUUUACAUUCGAGACGAGAACCUUUUUUGCCUAUUGCUGCGUCUUCGGCGUAUACUGCGAGUGAAUUUAGAGUUCUAUCGAUAACCGACGUCUGUUUCGCUGUCUCUCCUUCUUCUUUGUUUUUCACGUUUCUUUUUGACGCGUGCAAUUCGCGUCAUACGUGACGACGACGAGGACUGACUGACGUUUGAAUGAAUGACGGAGAGACGUAUCAGCGAGAGAGGUAGAGAGGUUUUCUCCUCCAAUAAUCGAGUGUAAAUUAGUCAUACGUGUUAUUAUAGGACCGAGACGGAUGUAUGCGAAGGAAUAAACGAGU